AUGGGCCGACCCAAAGAUUGUAUAUGGACCGUGACGGUGGGCGAGCUGGGCGACGCGAGCGUGUGCGCGGCGAGCGCGGCGCUGGCGCGGACGCCGCGCCUGCUGGCCCGCGUGGCGCCGCCGCACUCCUUCCGCCGCCGCUACACCGGCGCCUUCAGGUUCCAGUUCUGGGUGUUCGGGUCGUGGCGCGAGGUGGUGGUGGACGACCGCCUGCCCACGCGCGCCGGCCGCGCGCUCUACAGCCGCGGCGCGCUGCCCGGCGACUUCACGCUGCCGCUGCUCGAGAAGGCCUACGCCAAGCUGUACGGGUCGUACGCGGCGCUGCGCGGCGGCUGCCCGGCGCGCGCGCUGCAGGACCUGUCGGGCGGCGUGGUGCAGAGCUUCGUGCUGGCGCGGCAGGCGCGCGCGCUGACGCUGCGCGUGCUGCACUCGGCCGUGCCGCGCUCCACGCUGCUGCUGGCGGCGGGCGCGCGCGCGUGCCUGGUGACGGGGCUGGCGCGCGUGCGCGGCGCCGAGGGCGAGGCGGGCGCGCUGGUGCGGCUGCGCGCGCUGGGCGCCGGCGAGGGCGCGGCGGGCGCGCGGGCCGCGGACUGGCGCGCGCUGCCCGAGCGCGACCGCGAGCUGCUGCAGGAGCGCGCGGCGCCCGGCGAGUUCUGGAUGUCGUUCGCGGAGUUCGCGGGCGCCUUCAGCACGCUGGAGCUGGUGCACGUGGGGCCCGACGACUGGCUGCGCGAGCGCGCCCUGCACGCGCGCCGGCCCUGGCGCGCCGUGCUCGCGCGCCGCCGCUGGCGCGCCGGGUACAACGCCGGCGGCCCGCCCUCCUGCACCGAGACCACGGGCACCAACCCGCAGUUCCACGUGGGCGUGGGGCGCGGCGGCGCCGGCGGCAAGUGCCACGUGGUGGUGUCGGUGACGCAGGCCUACGAGCCGCGCGCGCGCGCCCGCCUGCACGCCAUCGGCUUCGCCGUGUACGAGCUGCCCGCCGCCGCGCCGCGCCGCCCGCUGGCACUGACCGCUUGUCUGUCGCAGCGCGCGCUGGACGUGACGCACGAGUGCCGCGCGCGCGAGGUGGCCACGUUCUUCACGCUGCCGCCCGGCCACUACCUGCUGGUGCCGCACACGCGCCGCGCGCACACAGACGCCGCCUUCCUGCUGCGCAUCCUCACCGACGACCACACCGACGUCUGGGAAGUCAACGAGGACAACGUCAUCGUGCGCGACAUCUCCUCCGAGUUCUACGACGACGGCCAGCUGAUACCCGCGGACGUCAGAGCCUCCGUCGUGAAAAUGCUCGGCAAACACGAGAUCGAUGAGGUGAGCGACGUCGAGCACCCGGCGGGCCGUGGGUGACGGGUGACGGGUGACGUGUGACGCGUGCGUGUGUCGCAGGUGGACGCGGCGGGGCUGCGCGCGGCGCUGCGGCGCGUGUGGCGCUGGUGCCUGCUGGCGCGGCCGUCGCUGGAGCUGUGCCGCGCGCUGGUGGCGCUGCGCGACGCGCGCAUGAGCGGCCGCGUGCGCCAGGCCUUCGUGCUGGCGGGCGCGCCGGGCGCGUGUGCGCGCGCCGCGUGCUCGGCCUACCGCCUGCGCGCGCUGCUGUGGGCCGCCGGCGUGACGGCGUCCAACAAGGUGCUGGAGUGCCUGGUGCUGCGGUUCGCGCGCGGCACGCGGCUGACGGCCGAGGCCUACGUGAUCGCGCUCGCCAGGCUCCACCUCGCGCACGAACGAUAUCGUGCCCUCGACACAAAGAUGAAGUCCAAUCCUCUCUCGUUGGAAGAGAUGAUACUGAUGACCAUCUACUCGUGACGUUAAAUCAAGAACCUUCGGCCGUUGUUGAUAGCUGUAUAUUACUGUUGUUAAUGAGUUGUUGACCCGUUGUCUGUUUGUAUGAUUUUAUUUGCAUGUGGCGCGACAGUCGCAGUCACUGUGUGGCGUGACGAGGUCCGUGUUCUCGCUCAGUAUUUAUUAAUGUUGUGUUAAGUAGUCAUAAAACGUUUUAUGUGCAGUAACCAAAGAUUCUCUUCAUUCCAAAACACCUGGAGUUUGCAGUACAAAACCGUAUUUAUAUUUGUAUUUAAAAAAGAGUUCUUUUCUUAUUUAUAUUUUUUAUUAUUAAGAUAUUGCAAUGUGAUGUGAUAUAAUGUUAUCAGUACUUAUACUUGUUUCAUUGUUUGUCGUAAUGACUCGUCUCGUUAUAUUUGUUAUUACUUCAUAAUAAUACAGUUAUUACUAUUCUACAUUAUAAUUUGUGGUCCAAUAAAUAUAAUUAUUAAUAUAUUACAACUUCGUUGUGUAUUGGUAUCUAAAUAUGUAAUUGAUAUCCAAAACUUUUUAUUUCGGUGCUAAUUUAUCAUAAAUGAAAUAAAGUCAUUUUUGAUGUGUUACAUUAUUACUUA